GGGAGAGAGUUCCAAAGUUUUGAGGCAUAGAGGCUGAUAGCACGGUCGCUGAUGGUGAAGUAGAGGGGACGAGGGACAAGCAGGAAGCUGGAGGCAUCGGGUGUUGGAAUGGGGAAGUAAGCAGGUCAGAAAGAUGGUACGGGAACAAUACUUGACAACACAAGGCAAUAGCCUACAGAGGCCUGAGAACCAAUAUGUCUACAAGAUUGGGAUCUAUGGCUGGAGGAAGCGUUGUCUUUAUUUAUUUGUGCUGCUGCUUCUCAUCAUCCUGGUUGUGAAUUUUGCAUUGACUAUCUGGAUUCUCAAAGUGAUGUGGUUUUCAACAGAUGGGAUGGGACACCUAAGAGUAACCGAAAAUGGGCUUCGGUUGGAAGGAGAAUCGGAGUUUCUUUUCCCUUUGUAUGCGAAAGAAAUUCGAUCUAGAACGGAUUCCCCUUUGCUCGUGGAUUCUUCCCAGAACGUGACCGUUAAUGCACGUAACUCUAGUGGGCAGGUGACAGGCAGGUUAACGGUGGGACCCAGGACUGUGCAAGCUCAUGGGAAACACUUUGAAAUCAACUCCAAUAGCGGCAGAUUGCUGUUUUCCGCAGAUGAGGAGGAGGUGGUGGUUGGAGCUGAUAAACUACGAGUCACAGGACCAGAAGGUGCACUCUUUGAACAUUCUGUGGAGACACCAGUGGUCAGAGCUCAGCCUUUCAAGGAGCUUAGAUUGGAAUCCCCAACUCGUUCGUUGAGCAUGGACGCACCCAAAGGGGUUCAGAUCAAAGCAAGAGCAGGCAAUAUUGAGGGCAGCUCUCAGAUGGACAUCAUCUUUCACACCAGUGAAGGAAUGAUACUCUUAGAUGCUGAGACUGUGAAGCUGCCCAAGUUGCCUCAGGGGAUACAGGGUGGCUCUGGAAUUUCUCAGGGACUGUAUGAAGUUUGCGUUUGUCCAGAUGGCAAACUAUACCGUUCCGUGGCUGGUGAGGGCUCAACCUGCCAGGAAUACAGCCGGGUCUGCCAGUGAGCACAGCGGUACCAUUCCGCUUUCCUCUGAGAACUUGCCCUUCUGCCUGGCAUUACCAAAACAUUUUAACACCUUCUCAGUAACAUGCAACUGCAAGCAUCAUUCCCAUAAAGAAACUGGUAAAGGUGUCCCUUCCCAUCAUUAGAUCUUCUAGUCCAAGAUAUUAAACAACCAAACCCCACUCCCCAGAGAGAAAAUAUACCCCAUACACAAGAGGACAAAAAGAGCACAACUCAGAACAUUUAUUUGGGAAUAGAGGAAGCAAAAAAAGUGACUUGGGCUCAGUCAUAAUGUUGCACUGACAUUGUUAAACGCCCCUUGAUCCAACAGAUAAAUCUCCUACUAUUAUGGAACAUUUUUAUAGGAAAGAUAUAUGAACUCCAAAAUCUAGAUUGACAUUUUCUAUCAGUACAUCAGUAAACAUCUACAUCUUCAACUCUUACUUAUGCCAACAUGUGAGAUUCAUUUUUUUUAUUAAUGUAAUAAAAAAUAAAUCAAUUUUGAUACACUAACAGCAGGAACUGGGUUGAUUUCGUUCAGCCAGUAGCUGCUAGAUGUCUAUGCAAUAACUUCUGUUUUUCUUUUCCUGCAAUAACACUUGAACCACAAGAGCUGUGCUUUUUUGUACAAACUACAAUGUGGACUGAUGAAGUCUCCAAAGCUUUACCCUCUGUGUGUAAGCCACAGUAUUAAGGUUGCAGUACCCCUUUCUUAGUCUUUUUAUAAACCUGUAAAAAUGUAUAAAAAUAAAAAGUCCUAAGUCCC